AUGUCAGAAGACCGCCAUGCUUUUUCGGAACCUCGUGCCAUUGUUGGUUUGCCCUUGCCAACAUGGGACGUGGACGUGUUUCGAGAUGGCGUUCCCGAACCGAUUUUGACGUUGCGGGUCGACGAGACGACGUUGCCGCCGCGUCGAUCCAAGAAAAAGAAAAUUGUGUGGAAGCUUCCCGAUUCACUCGACCAGAUUCCUCGGUUUGGAGCCGACGAGAAGCGUCGACUCUUGGAUUUGUUCAAGAAUCUCAAGAAAGAGAAACGACGCAAAUCCAAGCGCGGCAGUUUGACCGGCGACGCCUUGACGGAAAGCGGUGGUGAGGAAACCAAUGAGGACUGGACAGCAAGCACCAACAGCACGAAUGGCAAGAACAACGAACAAGACGAGGAAGAAGAAGACGUGAUUGCCAAACCCAAAAAUGGCAAUCAUGCCAUGACCAAUGGACACAAUAAGGAGAAACCGUCUCCUCCUCCUGUGAAGAAUCCUCCCGAUUUGGUGGACGAAAAGCCGCUUCCGCCACCACCAAAUCAGAAACAGAAACAACAGCUACAGCCACCACAAAAAUUCACGUCCAAGCCUCCUCCUGGAAUGACCUUGACGCGUCGUAAUUCGGCGCCAUUGCCACCCGGAAUUCCUCCACCAGCUGCAGCCCAACAAGGAACCACCAACGGAGUACAUGCGCCAGUGUCUCGUGGGAGGUUGUUACCAACCACCGCCUGGAAUUGGAAUGUCAGAGCCCAAUCCAUGCCACUCGAAGACACAGAACCACCACAAUCCACACCACCUCAAGCAAAACAAAAACAACUUCCACAACAACAAGAGCCACCACCACCACCAUCUAUACAACCACAAAAUGGACAUUCCCACAAUCAUCAUCAUCAUAUACCACCAUCACAGCCACCACAACCAUCACGGCCAUCACAACCGCCACAAGAAAUACCACAGUCACAUUCUCUGUCUCCACCAGGAGGACCCGCCAUUAAUCCUUCAGCGGUACUACCUUCCAUACAGCCGCUAGCACUCCCACCCGCACGAUUUUUGAAAUUCCCCACCACUACAAUGUCACCCGAUUUGUUUGCCCAACAAGUCGCCAAUUUGUACAUUUCCCUAUUACAGAGUGGCCAAGUCGAAGAAUUACUCCUCUACUACACAUUGACAGCACAAAAAUCAUUGUCGUUGAAAUCCGCCAAGAGCAUGUGUCACACGCCAUCGGAAAUGAAAAUUCAACUCACGUCCCUCGUCGGAUGUGCCUUUGCCGUACAAGGUAUCACCGUACAACAGGGAGCCAUGAACUCGCUCUUGUUGAUUUGGUCGGGGAUUUGUCAAUUGGCGGGACAACAACAUGGAUUCUGUCAAACCAUCAUUUUAAUGCCGCUGCUGCCGGUAGUCGAUACAACCAAUGGAAGUGACCAUUCGAAUAUUCAAUAUCAAAUUCAAAAUGAUGCACUGGUGCUCUUGACCAAUGAUUGA